CGCACAACCCCAAAACCACAUGCUCUACAUUCGCGGACUUCAGCUAUGGAGGGUCUGGUACAGAAGUAUUCGCAAGGCCUAGAGAAGCUGUCGACACCUGUGAAAGAGGACAUUGGUCCUCGUAACGUGGCACUCGUCGGCUCCACCGGAUACUUGGGCCCUCACCUUCUCGCAUCCAUUUUGAAGCUCCCAAGCAUAGCAUCAGUCUACUGGCUCAACUCUGGCUCAACCGUGGAAAAAACUCUGAAAAGUACUGGCUAUCAAGAAAUCGAGUGCUCCCGGAGCAUUCAAUUUUUUGUAGCCAAUCUUGCCAGUGCCAAGCUUGGGCUUAGCGAUGGCGACUUCAGUGAGGUCUCUGUCAAGGUCGAUACCAUCAUGCACAACUCAUGGCACCCAAGCUUCAGCCUUUCGCUUUCCUUCUUCGAAAAGCCUUUCCUAUUAGGCCUGCGGAAAAUUGUUGACUGGGCAAGGCGUAGGCCUACACCUCCACGUUUUGUCUUCAUCUCUUCUAUCGCAGGAGUUGGAAAUUGGUCGAAGGUCGUCCCAUCACAACCUCAUAUUCCGGAGUCUCGAAUCGAGGAUCCCGACGUUGCUAUGCAUAUGGGCUACGGCGAAUCGAAGCGUGCAGGUCAACAUAUGCUACAAAUCGCACAUGAUGUAUGCGGAAUACCUAUCAGCGUCGUUCGAAUCGGCCAGAUUUGCGGCCCAAGCACGCAGUCUGGUGGGAAAUGGCCUACGCAGGGGUGGUUGCUUGCUAUUGAUACGACUUCAAAGGCACUAGGUGCUUUGCCGACCCGGGUGGCUCCGGUGAACUGGAUCCCGGCGGACGCCCUUGCUACACAGAUCACUUGUGUUGUCACACAUGCCUCGACUUCGGUCGAGUAUCAUGUCUUCAACGUGGUUUAUCCAGAUGUGGCUUCUUGGGAGUUGUUCUUGAACGUCUUACGCAAUCGUUUCAGUGUCGAUGCUGGAAGAAUAAGCCUUCCCGAGUGGCUGAACAGGCUCGAGGAGAGGGCAAAUUUGAAUCUCGAAGAGCAGAAAAAGUAUGUUGCCCUAAGAUUCUCCGACUUCUUGCGGUCUAUGGGCGACUGGCAGAGAAGAUAUGACAAGUAA